AUGGCCGCCUCGCUUCAAAGCACCCGUCGCGUCGUGCUUUUGGGCUCCUCCGGAGGCGGUGCUGCCACACUUGGCGGCGGCGACGCUGAGACCCUCCGCGCUGCUCUCGCCACUCAGCUGAGCGGCAUCCAGGGCGGAUGUGUGAUCUCCGAAGCCAUCUUCGUUGCCUGUGAUGAGACGGCCCUCGAUAGCGCCGCUGGCACUGCUAGAGCCUCGCUGUGGACGCUUCAGGGGGACCGCCUAAGGUGUCACUUGGAGGGGCCUUUGGAGAAAGUCAACACCCAGGCGCUUCUCCUGGACGCCGAGCUUGCCUCGAGGAUGGAGGCUGUGGAUGGCGUCAUUGCCAUCUCCACAGAUGUGGGCCCAGGUGGUGUGAAUCGCCGCACGAUGGCCGCGGCGGGCCAGGCCAAGAUUCCGGUAGCUGGCACCGGAGGCACCAGCCUUUCGCUUGCGGCGUCCGAUCUUGGCUGCUGCCUUGCAGGUAACGCGGGCGGCUCAGUGGCCACAACCCCGGAGACCAAGGCUUUGGGGAUCGCUGCAGGCUUGGCCAGUGCCUGGGGUGCGACCUUUGCGCCUCCAACGAGCCGCCGAAGCUUUGCUUGGCAUUCCGCCUUGGAUGGCUGCUUGCCAGCCUUUCUGGCGGCUUCCUGCCUGAACCAGGCCCUGCCCAGCUCGGCGCCCGCUGAGCUUCGCCUGGCCUUGCAAGUGCAGGUGCUCCCUCCAGUACUGGGAGCGGCGGCUGCUCAGCAGGGCUCCGGACUUGGUGAGCUCGCUCUAUUGGGCGGUGCGCUGCUUGGGUCGCUUUGUCGCGGUUCCUGCGCCGCCGCCCUGCUUGGAGGGCGGAUCUUUGCCUCUUUGGCCCCCCGAUGUUUGGUGCUCUGCGCACGACUAUCGAUCCCAGCCACGGCCACCGCGCUGUCAGUGGCCGGGGGCCUGUCCACGAUGUUGGGCACCCUGGCUUUCGUGAUGGCGCCACAGGCUGCUGAAGCCACGGAGGUGCUCCGGCGCAGCCUCCGCACCUCCUUGAGCUACGGACCACCGGGGCUCGCCGGUGCCUUUGCCGGGGUUCUGAUGAACUUUGGAUCCCGAAGGGGCUGGUACCAUCAAUUCUUUCUGCCCCUGAUCUUGGUGGAAAUGGAGCACGCUUCCAUGUCCUUCCUGGGUGCCCUCGACUGGCUCACUCUGUGCAUGACAGGCGCCGGAGCUUGUGCAGCGCAGUGGCUUCUGCCACGGCGGCAAGAGGAAAAGAAAGAAGCUGACACCCGUCUGGCCAAGAGGGGAGUGGCCCUGAACCUCUUCUUCGGCGACUACAUCGAAGCCUGCUUCCCCUUCCUUGCGCGGGACUUCGCCCUGGAUGCGUCAGUUUACAUCGCCUCCGGGCUGGCCGGCGCCAUCAUCGCUACCGGCGGCGGGGCACAGAGCACCGCUUACCUCGCCGCCCCUCUUGCGAUUGCAGUCGGCACAGAGCGGCCUGCCUUGGCCAAGGCUGCGGCGGUCGCGUUCGGGCUGCCCCUGGCCGCCGGCCUUGCCUCAAACGCCCUUCGCCGAUCGCGAGAAAAAC